CCAAAAACUAGAUUAAUACAGAUUAAAGAAAAGAGAAACACAUGAGUCAGAAACCAUGCUGCAGUGCCCGGCCCCUCGAACCUUUUUUUUUCUCUGUAUAUUCCAAAACCACAAGUCUAUAAAUCCACCCCACCACCAAAACCCUAAGUGCCUGCCCCAGAAAAAAAUAAAAAUAAAACACACUUAAAGCUAGCUAGCUAUGGAUCAAUCCUCACCAGCACUUCUACUCGUGGUGGUGGUGGUACUGUUGUUUCUCCACCUCCACCUCCCAACUGGCAUCGCCUCCACCGCUUUCACUUCCACCCCCGCCUCUUCAGCAAACCAUGGAAACACAAUACCUGAUGAUCAUCACUCUGAUAAUUCCCAACACUUGAACGUAAAAGAAAUCAUGGCCGACACCAAAGUUAUUUCACAACCCCAAGAACUUCUGGAAACCCAUCAUGAGACUAGCGACGGAAAAUGGAAGCUGAAACUACUUCAUAGAGACAAAAUAACAGCAGCAUCCCUCCACCACAACUUCCACGAUCGUUUUCGUGAGCUCAUGAAACGGGACGUCAGUAGGUUCACUAGCCUUAUCCGCCGGCUGACUAUUAACGGCACUAGUAGUACUAGUGAUGACCCUUAUCAUCAUGAGGUACUGGAAGAGAAUUUCGGGUCCGAUGUGGUUUCCGGGAUGGACCAGGGAAGUGGGGAAUAUUUCGUUCGGAUAGGAGUUGGUAGCCCUCCAACAAGUCAGUACAUGGUCAUCGAUUCUGGCAGUGAUAUUGCAUGGGUUCAAUGUCAGCCUUGCAACCAGUGUUACCGCCAGUCUGACCCGGUAUUCGACCCAGCAGAUUCAGCUUCCUUUGCCGGAGUGUCCUGCAGCUCCGCUGUUUGUGACCGUCUUGAGAAAGCUGGUUGCCAUGGGGGUCGGUGUCGAUACGAGGUGUCCUACGGUGACGGUUCCUACACCAAAGGAACGCUAGCACUUGAAACGCUGACGUUCGGAAGGACAGUGAUUCGGAAUGUGGCGAUCGGAUGCGGGCACACAAAUCAGGGAAUGUUCGUAGGAGCGGCGGGGUUACUGGGACUUGGAGGUGGGUCUAUGUCGUUUGUGGGUCAGCUUGGUGGUGAGGCAGGAGGUGCCUUUAGUUAUUGUUUGGUGAGUCGGGGAACGGAAACAUCGGGGUCGUUAGAGUUCGGGAGAGGAGCGAUGCCCAUGGGUGCAGCAUGGGUGCCUUUGAUCAGGAACCCAAGAGCCCCCAGUUUCUACUACGUAGGACUAUCGGGUCUUGGAGUGGGAGGCAUGCGGGUACCCAUACCAGAAGAAAUGUUCCGGUUAACAGAAUUGGGUUAUGGAGGGGUUGUAAUGGAUACGGGAACUGCAGUGACAAGGCUGCCAACAAUGGCAUACGAGGCGUUUCGUGAAGCCUAUAUUGAUCAAACCCGAAACCUCCCUCGGGCAACUGGAGUGCCCAUAUUUGACACAUGCUAUGACCUAUCUGGGUUUGUGUCAGUCCGGGUACCAACAGUAUCAUUUUAUUUCUCGGGUGGGCCAAUCCUGACCCUUCCAGCAAAGAACAUUCUAAUACCAGUGAAUGAGGGGGGAACUUUUUGUUUUGCAUUUGCUCCAUCUUCAUCUGGACUUUCUAUUAUUGGGAACAUCCAGCAAGAGGGCAUCCAAAUAACCUUUGAUGGGGCAAAUGGAUUUGUGGGAUUCGGUCCAGAUGUUUGCUGAUGAUGAUCGUGAUCAAGUGAAGACAGGCAGCUAGGAGUACGUACGUACGUACUAACUAUAUGAAUUUUGCUAGUUUUAUAUAGUUAUGUUCGUGUUAAUUUAGUGCCUGCAGGUACGUAGUAUAUAUAUGUACAUCUACACGAUCGAUCGAGUAUUAUUAUUA